CUGAGUGGUUCGAAUAUUUCGUAUUAACGAAAAAUAAUUUUUUCGGAAAAGUUCGGUCAAACACAUUUAAGGCAGCAGUGAAAUAGCAGUGCUACAAUUUGGUUAAAAACGGUCAAAUAUCAAGGUGAAUAUCUGCCUCCGUUUUCUUUAUACCUUUUAUGCAAUGCGGUAAAGGAGACAUAUUUAUUCUUCAUCGUUAUCAGUAUCUGACUUACAUUUACUUUCAUGAAGAACUUCUGAACCACUCUCAAUCUUGGUUAGCUCCUUGGUCCUUUUACUCAAAACGAAGAACAAGACGAUGGGCCGUCGUAAGCGUGAAGACUCCUCUGACGAGGAGGGAGACGACUGUCGCCAGAAGAGGACUGCCGAGACGACGGUGAAGACCGUGGAGCAGCUGAUGAGAGAGCUUAGUUUCCCGGGGCACACUCCGCUCGAAUUGAAGCUGGGGAACCUGGGUUACCUGCUAGGCAAAGGGAUGAGUGUUGACCUGAAGGAGAACCUCAUAAAUGAGCUAGUAAUAUGUCUGGGCUAUUAUCCCGGACAGGCCAGUGCCUAUGCCACACUUGUGGGCCUAAUUAAUGUCGCAGACUUUGAAUUCGGCUCCGAGUGCCUGUUGUUCAUGGCGCACAAGGUGGGAGAGUCCGUGCACAUUCGCGAUUGGAACAGGUGCCGUGGAGUGGUUCACUGCAUGGUGGAUCUGUAUCACUGCCAGGUGCUCCCGUCGUCCUAUAUUCUAAAAUUGCUCGCAGCCUUCUUGAAGGACUGCGAGGCUCUGAAGGAUCCGGACGAUCUGGUGGGCGUCACACCGCAGAUACGACGCGAUUUUCUUGCCUACUGUGUACUAUCCGCCAUGCCCCUUAUUGGGCGCGAUUUGGAGGGGGAGACGGCGUUUGAUAAGCUGAUAGUCUCACUCCAGAUUUACAUUAAGAAGCGGUCCGCUCUGCACACCAACAUGUUGAGUGUGUGGCCGGAUUUCAAUCAGAGGGACUACCUGGAGCUGUUGUGGCAGCAGGUGGACGGUAUGAGGCAGAACCAUUGGGCCGAACCGGAGCAUCAGUUGAUCCCCCGACCUUACAAGUCCUUCUCUGAGACCUUGAGCCACGGCCGAAUCCACCAGCUAAGGGAUUAUGAUUUGGCCGCCCAUGAGGAGCGAUGUCGGUAUCCGCUGCCGCGUGUAUGUUUUCGCAUCUUCUCCUGCGACUCUGUCGGCGAGAUCCCUAAUAUGCCCCCGCCGGUGAGCAUCGAAAGGCAUCUGCUGGAGGCCCAUAUUCUGGACAUACUGAUCUCUUUUCAUAAGGAGAGAAAAAUCUGUGCCGAUAGCCUCUUGAUGUACGCCGCCUCCAAGCCCCAGUUGCCGGUCUAUUACUGCAUUGUGGAGGUGAUCUUGGGCGAGAUGCUGCGGCUGCCCACCGCCAAUUGGAGCACCAUUGCCUACGGAUCCAUUCUGGUGGAGCUGUGCAAGCGCCAACCGGACAAGAUACCCCAGGUGGUGGCCCAGGCCUUGGAUAUAAUCUAUAAUCGACUGAACUCCAUGAGCGUAGCUUGCUUCGACCGCCUGGUCAACUGGGUGUCGCAUCACAUCAGCAACUUCGGGUUUAACUGCCAGUGGAGCAAGUGGGCUCAGGGUCUUCCAUCGCCAAUCGAUCCGAGUGCCACCAAUCUGCAGCCAAAGGUGGUUUUCCUGAGGGAAUUGCUCAAGAAGUGCUUCAGACUUUCGUACCACCAAAGAAUUAAAGAUGUAGUGCCGGAUAUACUGGCCGAUUUUCUUCCGCCGCCGGUACUGCCGCACUUCAAGUUUGUCGACGAAACCCUUCCUGGUGCCAUUUUGUCCAAGGAUCUGCUGGAGGCGAUGCGCAGCCCGCAAGCAAGCCCCGAAAUGAUCUCUGAAAUUAUUAAAUCCAGCACGGGAAUCGGUCCGCUGCUCAAGAUCAACGUGUUCACCCAGAACUGUCUUCAUCUGGGAUCCAAAUCAUUUAGCCACACUUUCGGGAUACUUCGAAAAUAUCACUCUGUCUUCAAGGAUUUGGUUGCAGGAGAUCCAGAGAGGCAGGCCGCGGUCUUGAACGGAAUCUUCGAUGUGUGGGUCGCCAGCGAUCAGUACAAAUUUGUGGUGACCGAAAAGCUGGUCACGGGGUUGAUAAUUGAGCCCAUUAGCGUUGUGCGUUGGAUCUUCGGCCCAUCGAUGCGCAAGGAGCUCACCAAGAUAUACAUUUGGGAGCUGCUCCACUCCGCUCUCCGCCACCUGAAGCGUGUCCAACAAAAGAUCGAAGUCGUGGAUGUCGAUGAUCCAAGUGCAUGCGAUCCUGUAGUCAAAGGCAUUCUGUUCACCAUUGUGCAGCGUUUUGUGAAGACUCUUUGCGGUGCUCCGUUUGCAGACGAGGGAACAGAGGAGCAUUACUGGUUCCAGUGGGUUCUGGGCAGACUGGAGGAGACGCUCUUUAUCUAUGCGGAUGACUUUAGGGUGAUCAAUAACAAGUUGAUUAAAAUGUCCGAGGAUGCAUCAGAUCUCAGGCCUGAAAUCUCAAAAACCAUUGCGGCUUUUGUGGCUUGCGUCAUGUAACUUCUGUUGAAGAUUUCAUUCCCGACUCUCGAUUUACGAAUUUGACAACCAACUGGUGAUUUACUUAUUCAACGGACAAACUCAAUAUACACUCCCAAAAAAAAAAUGUGUACAAAAAACACUAUACAAUUUUAAUAAUUUUUUAUUACUUUGGGAGAAAUAAUACUGCUAUC